AGUGACUGUGGGUCAUUAGAAAUCGGGCAGGCAUUUCUCCGAAUGGCCAAUUGCUAAUUGAUUUUCGAGGUGUUGGGGGAAAAGACUUUCGGUGGUGAUUGCACAUUUUGGGUAGUUCAGUCGGAAAGAAACCGCAUUCGAGUGAGGAGAUGUUGUCGUUGAAGACGUUGGGCCUUGUGGCCUUGCUGAUUGGAGUGACCUGGGCCUAUCAGGUCAAACCCAGAAACUAUCACAAGUUGGUGGAGCAGCAGAAGAAGUUCAAUGAACGUUUCGAGAAGGAGUUCUUGGCCGAACACAUGAAGUUCACAGAAAGUGGAGUGAAGUCAGCUCGUCUGGAGGAAAUGUUUGAACACCUUCGCCAGAAGCCGGACAUGUUCCGCCAGGAGCUGGACAACCACCCACUGCCGUAUCAGACCACGGAAUGUACGGCUUGUCGUGCUUUGGUGACUACGUAUUUGACUUAUCGCCGAAUCUUGAACUGGGACCGCGAUCGUAUUGCUGCCCAAGCUGCAUCCACUUGCGAUACGUUAGGAAUUCUACUGCCGGAGAAUUGCGUUAAGAUCAUUGACAAAAACAUUGACAUUUUCCUGUACAUCAUCGACAACAGGCCUAGCCUAACGGCUCAGACCAUAUGUGGAGUGAUUUUCCAAUCUGGAGCAUGUGUUCUGGAGGAUCGAGAAUUCUUGGACUGGACUAUCAACGUAUCUCCAGGUGGUACUCCGAUUACUUCGUCAAAGACUGGCUCCAAUCGGGGACCCAACGAUUUCAAGAUUGUUCAUUUGACUGAUUUGCACUACGACCCUCACUAUCGCACUGGAUACAACGCAGUCUGUGGUGAACCGUGUUGUUGCCGUGAAGCGCAAGGUAUUCCGGAGAAUCCGGAAGAAGGAGCCGGAGAGUGGGGAGAUUACCGUGAUUGUGACUCACCUUGGAAGGCAGUUGAAGAUGCCGUCCGUGAAGCCGGUCGUCGUCACCCAGAUGCUGCGUACGUGUACCACACCGGAGAUAUCAUUGAUCACGGAGUAUGGGAAACGACUAUUUCCGGAAACGUUCAAUCAAUCACUCGUACCAAUAACUUGCUGAAAACUGUUUUCGGAACCACUCCGGUGUACAAUGUGCUGGGCAACCAUGAGAUUACCCCCACAAAUGUAUUCGCACCAAGUCACAUCGAUAGGCCUGACUUCUCACCUAGCUGGGUCUACGAAUUAGUCGCUGAUCAGUGGUCAAACUGGCUCCCAGCAGCAACUAAACAAACUAUUCUUCAAGGCGGAUUCUACACUGCCUUGGUGCGGCCUGGAUUCCGUGUCAUUGGUCUUAACAAUAACGAUGCCUACACCUUCAACUGGUGGAUCCUAUACGAUCCAGCGUACCUCCGCGGUCAACUGCAGUGGCUGCACGAUACCCUCCUGGAAGCCGAAAAAGCCGGCGAAAAAGUCCACAUCCUGGCUCACAUCCCAAUCGGGGCUGGAACAAGCUUCGUUACAUGGGCCCGACAGUACCGUCGUAUCCUGGAUCGCUUCUGGAACACGGUUCAAGCUCACUUCCACGGUCACACGCACGCCGACGAGUUCAACGUAUUCUACUCGGCAGCCAACUCGCAACACGCCAUCAACGUGGCCUUCAAUGGAGGCGGUACCGUACCUUUCAGCAACUUCAACCCGAACUACAUCGUUUACUAUGUAAACCCACAAACUUUCGAAGUCACCGAUUUUGAGUCGUUCUACUUCAAUCUGACCGAGGCGAAUCUGAACCCGCAACGGGACCCCCUCUGGACUCCGCUCUACUCGUUUUCGCAGGAUUUCAGCAUUCCGAACGUGUCGCCAGCUUCGCUAGACACUUUGGCACGCCGCUUUGGGUCGACCCCGUCGGACCUGCACCGCUACUGGCAGCUCAAGGUGAAGCGCGGUGAUCCCUUCCUGCAGGCGGGUUGCGAUGGAGAGUGCCUGCUCAACCAUCUGUGCGAAAUCGUUACCAACGAAGCCAACGACGAUCGGAAAUGCAAUGAACUGGUUUCGAUUUUCCGACAAAUCGAUGACGAUAAGUGGAACUGGUAAUAGAAAUAAAAGUAUUUGCUGAAGUGCAUUUCCAUUGGCAGACUAAUAAAUUGUUGUUUUUUAUGCUGCACCCAGA